CGCAAAAAAGCGAGAGCUCUCUACCCCGUCCUCCCAAGUUCCCAACGAGAACAAGAGGGAGAUCUUAGCAACGAAGCAAUCGGUUUUGGGGUUCUCCGAGGUUAAUAAUAGCGCAAUGAGCAAGCAAACGUUGAUAUAUAGUUUUGUUGCAAAGGGGAAUGUUGUGCUGGCUGAGCACACUUCUUUCACUGGAAAUUUAAGCACCAUUGCUGUGCAAUGCUUGCAGAAGUUACCCCCAAAUAGCAACAGAUUUACUUACUCAUGUGAUGGUCACACUUUCAACUUUCUUGUCGACAGAGGAUUUGUCUUUCUUGUUGUGGCCGAUGAAUCAGUUGGGAGGAGUAUCCCUUUUGUGUUCCUUCAGAGAGUGAAGGAUGAGUUCAUGCAUCGGUAUGAGGGGAUCAUUAAUGAUAGCAGUUCCCACCCACUUGCUGAUGAGGAAGAUGAUGGUUUGCUUGAGGAUAAAUUUAGCAUUGCAUACCAACUGGAUAGAGAAUUUGGUCCAACACUGAAGGAACAGAUGCUGUAUUGCAUGAAUCAUCCUGAGGAGAUCAGCAAGAUGUCUAAGUUGAAAGCACAGGCUACAGAGGUCAAAGGAAUAAUGAUGGAAAAUAUUGAAAAGGGAAAUCUCUUCUAGGGAUACCUCUAGUCGUGUUUUGAGACUUAUUCAGAAAUAUAAGCUGAUGAAGGUGUGCCUUGUGGAAACUAGGGCAAAUGAUGAUAGGGUUGACCACUUUUGCACCAAGCUUCUCAGAAGCUGGAACUGGGUUGUGCUUUCAGCAAUUGGUUUCAUAAGGGGUAUUCUGGUUGCUUAGAAUAAAGUUUUAGGGCAAGUGAUGCCGAUUGCUGCCUCUCGCCGUGCUUUGCAUUUAAUCAUCUCUCCUGGUUUAUCUGGUAACUGGCUUAUUUCUAUUGUUUAUAAUGUUGUUCGGUUCCAAGCUCAGUGCUCUUUGUGGCAAGAGCUUUCUAAACUAACACACUUGCAGCUUCCUUGGCUCAUCGUGGGGGAUUUUAAUUCUAUUGUCUCUAAUGAUGAGUAUAAAAGAGGUUUGUUUUCUUACUAUUCUUGUAAAGCCUACUAUUUUCUCAAUUUCAACGAGGAUAAUAAUCUCUUAGAUCUGUAUUAUAUUGGUUCGAAAUACACUUGGUGCAAUAAUCAAUCGGGGAUGGUGAGAAGAUGG